AUGGGAGGUCAUUCAUCUGUUGGAGACAACGGUGCAGGAGACAACGGUGCAGGAGACAACGGUGUUGGAGACAACGGUGCAGGAGACAACGGUGCAGGAGACAACGGUGCAGGAGACAACGGUGCUGGAGACAACGGUGCAGGAGACAACGGUGCAGGAGACAACGGUGUUGGAGACAACGGUGCAGGAGACAACGGUGCAGGAGACAACGGUGCAGGAGACAACGGUGCUGGAGACAACGGUGCAGGAGACAACGGUGCAGGAGACAACGGUGUUGGAGACAACGGUGCAGGAGACAACGGUGCAGGAGACAACGGUGCUGGAGACAACGGUGCAGGAGACAACGGUGCAGAAGACAACGGUGUUGGAGACAACGGUGCAGGAGACAACGGUGCAGGAGACAACGGUGUUGGAGACAACGGUGCUGGAGACAACGGUGCAGGAGACAACGGUGCAGGAGACAACGGUGCUGGAGACAACGGUGCAGGAGACAACGGUGCUGGAGACAACGGUGCAGGAGACAACGGUGCAGGAGACAACGGUGCAGGAGACAACGGUGCUGGAGACAUAGGUGCAGGAGACAACGGUGCUGGAGACAACGGUGCUGGAGACAACGGUGCAGGAGACAACGGUGUUGGAGACAACGGUGCUGGAGACAACGGUGCAGGAGACAACGGUGCAGGAGACAACGGUGCAGGAGGAAACUGUGCUGGAGACAACGGUGUUGGAGACAACGGUGCAGGAGACAACAGUGUUGGAGACAACGGUGCAGGAGACAACGGUGCAGGAGACAACGGUGCAGGAGACAACGGUGCAGGAGACAACGGUGCUGGAGACAACGGUGCUGGAGACAACGGUGCAGCAGACAACGGUGCAGGAGACAACGGUGCUGGAGACAACGGUGCAGGAGACAACGGUGCAGGAGACAACGGUGUUGGAGACAACGGUGCAGGAGACAACGGUGCAGGAGACAACGGUGCAGGAGACAACGGUGCUGGAGACAACGGUGCAGGAGACAACGGUGCAGGAGACAACGGUGUUGGAGACAACGGUGCAGGAGACAACGGUGCAGGAGACAACGGUGCAGGAGACAACGGUGCUGGAGACAACGGUGCAGGAGACAACGGUGCAGGAGACAACGGUGUUGGAGACAACGGUGCAGGAGACAACGGUGCAGGAGACAACGGUGCUGGAGACAACGGUGCAGGAGACAACGGUGCAGAAGACAACGGUGUUGGAGACAACGGUGCAGGAGACAACGGUGCAGGAGACAACGGUGUUGGAGACAACGGUGCUGGAGACAACGGUGCAGGAGACAACGGUGCAGGAGACAACGGUGCUGGAGACAACGGUGCAGGAGACAACGGUGCUGGAGACAACGGUGCAGGAGACAACGGUGCAGGAGACAACGGUGCAGGAGACAACGGUGCUGGAGACAUAGGUGCAGGAGACAACGGUGCUGGAGACAACGGUGCUGGAGACAACGGUGCAGGAGACAACGGUGUUGGAGACAACGGUGCUGGAGACAACGGUGCAGGAGACAACGGUGCAGGAGACAACGGUGCAGGAGGUAACUGUGCUGGAGACAACGGUGUUGGAGACAACGGUGCAGGAGACAACAGUGUUGGAGACAACGGUGCAGGAGACAACGGUGCAGGAGACAACGGUGCAGGAGACAACGGUGCAGGAGACAACGGUGCUGGAGACAACGGUGCUGGAGACAACGGUGCAGAAGACAACGGUGCAGGAGACAACGGUGCUGGAGACAACGGUGCAGGAGACAACGGUGCUGGAGACAACG